AUGGAGCUUUCGUUCCCCUUUCUGCUGUCAACCGUCGUGCUUAUCGUGUUCUACACGGUGGACUUCUUCUUCGCGCGGCUUCUCAACGUACUCAAGCAAGAUCAUCUCGAGUUGGAUGAGUGCUCCCCAGAAGAGUCACCCGAUUUGGAUCCUGCCUUUGUUGUAGGUUCCCUGAAGCAGGUAGCGGUGGAAAUGUUAGAAUACCAACGGCGGCGCUUCCACAUGGGCGAAACGGGGGUCCCUUCAACGGCUGCCGACUCUGACCCGGUGCCGUCAGCCACGGUAGACUUUUGUAACCUGCCGACUGCAGCCUCAUCUCAUCCUUCAGAAAAUGUGGUGCACGUUGUGGUGAUCAUAUGUGGUUUGGUUGGCCCUUUCGCUACUGUUUGCCAGGCGCUGUUUCCAAACGCAUUUGGCUGGUGCCGCUUCAACUUCGCUUAUUUCGUACAGUACAUUGGAGCCUUCUCAGGUGUUGCCUCCGUCUCCGUAUACACCGGGCGGGUGUGGCAUUGCUCCUCCUACAGUGAAGUCAGUCGCAAGCAGUGGCUGGAGCUCAUGUGGUUUCGUCUUGACUUCAUGUGUCUGAUGUCUGUGGCAGCUUUCUUUGGUGCUGGUUCGUGGGUGGUGACUAUUUGUUUACUUGCUAUCGGUUUUUACUUGGCCUACCGCGUGAUGCGCAUUGAGAAGUGGAUGCAAUCGCUGCAAGUGGAAACACAGUUAGUUCGUGGGGAGGUUGACGUUGACCGUGUUUACGUACCAGGGACGGUGGAGGCCGCUAAGGCGCUCGGCACUUCUGAGAAGCAGGGGUACAAUGCGGUUGUUUAA